UUUAGUUUCGCUUUUCGUUUUGUCGACUAUUGUCUAAAAAAACUCGAAAGUCGAAACAAGACUUAAAAUUUUGUAAAAACAUGGUCAAGAUUGUGAAGCCGCAAGAAUAGUGCUCUUUUGUUUUGCUUUUCUGUUGGGAAGACUAGAUCUAGAUUUAAUCUUCAUUGUUCCUCACAUCAAGCUGUUCUCACAUUUAUCAUGGCGGUGACGUUGCAUACGGACGUUGGGGAUCUUAAACUUGAACUGUUUUGUGAACAGUGCCCUAUUACGUGUGAGAACUUUCUUGCUCUCUGUGCGAGUGGCUACUACAAUGGCAACCUAUUCCACAGAAAUAUCCCAGGCUUCAUGAUUCAGACUGGAGACCCAUCUGGUACUGGAAAAGGUGGUAAAAGCAUAUGGGGCUCCAAAUUUGAGGAUGAAUUCAGAGAAAGUAUCAAGCACAGUGCAAGAGGAAUGGUGUCCAUGGCCAGCAGCGGACCUGACACAAAUGGCUCCCAGUUUUUCCUGACCUACAGCAAGCAGCCGCAUCUGGACAUGAAGUACACUGUCUUUGGGAGAGUGAUUGACGGAUUUGACACGCUAGACACGAUGGAGAAACUUCCGGUGAAUGAGAAGAAUCACAAGCCCCUACAUGAGACAAGACUGAGGAGUGUCACCAUUCACGCAAACCCCAUAGCAGAGGCUAUUCAGCAAUGAGGAGGGAGGGGCUGGGCAUUUUGUUGGACAGGGUUGGUCUUGGGAUUAUGGAGUGGAAAGGGAGGUUGAUUUUAGAAAGUUAAUGAGGGAGAGUGUCAACUAUUUCUCAUAUGUGUUGAGGGAAAGAGUGCAUGGGUUCAUGCGUUUGUUUUUGAUAGAGAUGGAGGAGACCUGUGUUAAAAAAAAGCAAGGGGCAGCCAGCGAAAAUUAUAGCUCUGUUCUUGUCUUGAAAACUGAUGUUGAUUUGUGUAGAACAAAGGAGUUCAGUCACAGAAUUUUUAGAUUGUUUAUGCCAACAGAGAGAUUCUUGCUUGCUGAGUUUUUGUAAAGCAUUGUCUUUUGUUCAUACCAGGUGUUCAAAGUAGCCAUGCUCUAUGGAAGCAUUCAGGGCUAAGAUGAAGAUAAGCCUGGUUAAAAUUCCCUGUGAGGCUGUUUAGGGGAUAUUUCAAGACUGUCCACUAACUUGGCAUGGACCUGUUGCCGAUUGAAGUGACAUCAUACUUUAGGUCCUGCCUCUUUGAUUAACCAUACAGUGCUGAAUAGGGGUAUUAAACCAUUCUAUACAUCAUUCAUCAUGGGUAUUAUCUUGUCUGUGAGUGUGAGUGGGAGAGAGAGAAGAAGUUGUUGCAGUACAGAUGAGUCCACAGAGUGCUGACUGUCUUAAUGGAGCGGUUGAAGGGGAAUAAUGUGUUGUUGCAAGUUGUUUUGUUUUCAUACAUAUAUAUCAAAUAAAAAUAAAUAUUAAGCCAAAAA